CCAAUCUGAAAUGCCUGUUCAAUCUGACUAGAGCAAUAUAGGUGAUACAGUGGAGAAACUGACUUUCAAAGAACUAAAAGACUUAAGUCUCCCUAAUUAACAUAACGUAAUUAAAUAGCAUGAAAAUGAGAGAGGGAAAACAGUGUCUUUGGCAGAGGAGUUAUAUGAAGGCAGUCAGAUAGAAUAAAAAAAAAUAUUUGCCAUAACCUUCUUGUAUGUUAGAACCUUUUUAGCCUUUUGCCUGCAGAUAUGGCAUACAUUCUUCAUUUGUUCUGUAAGAUACUUCUGAGAUCAGUAAAUCAAAUACUAUGCUAUAUAUUCAGUAAACAUUCACAAAACCCACCAACUUUCCAGGAUAGAGAAGCUGUGUUGGUAUGAGAGUUUGUGGUUGUGGUGUAUGGGUUUUUGGGUUUGGUUUGGGUCCUCCUAAAGCCCUCUUUAAAUUUCAGCAGUGUCAGGUCAGAAAGGUCCCAAUUCUUCCCGUUUUUCCCAGAAUAUGAUCCAAACAACUGUAUUUAAGGUUGUUUCAUUAGUAAGGAUAGAUAGGAGAAAGACUCAAUACACACACAGAAAUGAGCAACUAAAGAACUUCUUGGAAUUAUACGAAGUUACGUGAAGUACAUGGAAGAAAACACUGAAGAGUAUGAGCUUUUUAAAACUGAGAUUGAUUUAAAACAGAAGUCUAAAAAUAUUUGGAGGGAGAUUAAGUGAUUCAACAAGUAACGCUCUAAUGGAUGACAGAGAAUUUCCACCAAAUGAUCUACAAAUAGACUCAAAGGACAGUUUUCCUCAUGAUUAUAGUGUGGAAAGGUUGGCAACUCAUUUGGUUUCUUCAGCUGAUGAAAAUGAAAAUCAACUUGACAGUGAUGGGAAUGAGGUUCUGACCUGUAGUAGCAUUGCUAUGGGACGACAGCGUGAAGGUGAGCAGGACAGCAUCAAUAAUAAUGAGAAUAUGGACAGCAGAGUCUGUGCCCCAAGCUGUAAGGAAGGUGAGACUGAGACGAGAUCUGUAAACGUCCAUAUGGACCCCCAGCUGGAGGAAAAGCCUAUUACAGAAAAACAGCUAGGAGGAAAAAGAAGUCCAAGAAGUAAAAGAAGCUCCAGUAAAAAAUCUAAAGGAGUUCAUACAGUGGAAACCAUUGCAAUCAAGGAGGAGAAUACUCUUAUUACAGAUACUACACAUGCUGAAGGUGCUGUUGAAGCAAAUGAAAACUUCCACCAAAAAGAACAAAACCAAAUGUUGCAGUCCCUUUUCUCUUUGCUCCGUGAAGAGGUUGAGCAAAUAGACUCAAAGAUACUGCCCUUGUGUCUCCAUCAGAUAGCCGAGACCUAUUUUCAAGAGGAGGAAUAUGAGAAGGCAAUGAAGUUCAUUCAGCUUGAACGACUGUAUCAUGAGCAGCUGCUUGCAAAUCUUUCUUCCAUACAGGAGCAGUGGGAAAGAAAAUGGAAAACAGCAGUUCCUAGUCCAGUUACAAGACUGAGGAACUCGGCUAAAGAACUGAGUGGUGAAGAGUUGGAAAAACUUACUCAAGUUUGCUCUUCACAUCAACAGCCACAGGCAUCCAAAAAUAAGCUAGUAGAUGCAGAAAAUACAUGGGAAAGCGGUUGUUUACUUCAGUUGAUGGAAUCAAAAAAAUUAAAGGAAAGAGAAGCUACUGCUUUUAAAUCAGAACUCAAAGCAUUGAAAACAGGACACAAACAAUUAUCAAAUUCAGGUACUGAAACUUUUCCUGGCAUUGGACCAAAGAAAGAUAAACAGCUGAGCACUAGUUCUCCAGGUGAAAAUAAAACUGAGACACAAACAGAGGCAGAAAGCCUUUGGGUAGCUGCAGGAAAGGACCACAUGGAGGAGCAGCACUGCAGUGCUGAAUCAACACUGGAGCCACACACCCAGUCCACAGGGACAGUGGGCAGGCCUUCUUCGGGCUGUUUAUCAUCUGGGGAUGCCAGUAAAGAUAACAGUUUGCAGCUGAGAGAAAGAGGGCUCUCUAAGGAUGCGGAAAAAAUAGAAGGCACAACCGGGGAGCCUGGAGUGAAACUCCCUCUAAAACCAAUGGUAGAUGCUUUGGUUUUAACAGAUGCUGAUUGUAUGCCUACUGAUGUGGUUCCUGCUGAUAAAGAUGUGCAAGCUGAUAGAGAUCUGCUCAGAUCAAAGCAUCUUGCUGGUUCCUCAGAGAUUGCUACUGGCCAGCUUGGAAACAGUGAUUUAGAGCAGCAACAGAAACGGCCCGAUGAUGACAAUGAAAAGUCUUCGUGGGACAGAACAGCAUCGAGUGUAUGCUCUGGGUGUAGUAACGUAUCUGAGCAGGAGAGUACUGCCCGUUCAGGAGCAUGCAAGGAAAUACAGAGAACAGCAGGACAGGAGGAAAACGUAAAUAGCGAAGAGCAAGAAGAUUUAUUUAUCAGAUUUUUAAAUGGUAGCAUAAUAGACACUGAAGAAUCAUUUGGAAACGUGGCAAACCAAGAGGACUUUGACACUGUUCCAGAUAUUUCACCUGAACGAGCAUCAUGCAACUCACUGGAAGCUUUAUCACUAGAUGACAGCUUUUCUUCUCUUGAUGAACUUGCUAGAAGGAUAGAGAUUGCUGAGAUUGCCCCAGCGGAAGGAUUGGUGUCAAUACUAAAGAAGAGAGAUGACAGAGAAGGAAAAACAAUUGCUCAAGUCCACCAAAGGCAAACAAAGAGAAGAGUGAGAUUUCAAGAAAUGGAAGACACAUUAGAUCAAGAUGAAGUAGCUGGUGGCUCCUGUAUUUUGCUGAUCCUGCUGUGCAUAGCAACUGUUUUCCUUAGCAUUGGAGGAACUGCAUUGUACUGCACCUUUGGUGACAUGGAAUCCCCUGUGUGUACUGAAUUUGCAGCCAACAUGGACUUCUAUUAUACCCAGAUAUUGCAGCGUAUGGAAGAAAUUAAGCACUGGAUAGCCUUCUCAUAGUUGGAAUGAGCAGAGACAGCACAUUUACAGCUCACCAAUGAUUACUGGAAAGGCUAGAAAAAAAUGGUUAUUUCAAGUCCUCUAACACUUGCCACCUACAGGUGAUGUGUAUUUGAUGAUGUACUGAGACCUCUACUUAGAAAUCAAGAAAAUUCUGGUUUAGCGAUCCAGUGGCAAAAUGUUCACAUCUUAAGCUGUAGCAGUGUGGUAUGGGAGAAUAAAAAGUUAUUCUCUUCUCCCAAGAGCAGGCAAGUAGCUUUUCGACAACUUGAGUAAGUGAAGAAGAAAGAAGAGCAUUAACUCUCUUCUGUAAGAUCUCCCAUUGCCACACAUUGUGUAAGCAAUCUCUGGAAGCUUAGUAAAAGGACAGCUUUAAUUUACAGCUGUUUGUGCAAAGGUGUUGCCUCCAGCUAUCAUGCAAUAAGUCUGUGUUUUAUGGAAACAUUAUUUUUCUUCAAAGUCUUACUAUUUUUCUCCAUUUUAAUUCUCCUGCUGAGCCAUGUUCAUAUUUGAGUGGAGUGAGAAUGAGUGCAGCGGCAUUCACGGAGCCCUCAUUUGGUGAUUAGCAGGCCGACCCUGUAUCUUGCAGCUUACAGUGAAUGUUCGUAAGUGGGAUAAAUCUGCUGGCAGAUUUCACUAAAUUUCCUGGAACUUUACUCCCAGCAUUGUGGGGGCUGUUUAGAAAUGGAAGGUUCGAAAAGAAAUCAUUGGUCUCACUAAACACAGAACCAUAGAUAAAAUGUUUAAUAAAUUAUUCAUUUUAAAUAGUAAAGCUGCUUUGGCCAGUUUCAAAGCAUCUGGUAGCAGGUGUGGGGCUAACUGGGUUUUCAGUUAGCUAUGUCACUGACUUGCAGCAAUCACUUUGUGCCUCAGUUUCUCCUCUGUAAAUGGGGGAAUAAUGAUCCUUGCCUUUAUCUGUGAAUAUUUAUUGCAAUUAGGGCUCAUGUCUGAUUAAUCCCGGAGGAGUGCACUGGAUCACUGAACUGCAUGGCUGCAGCUUCUCUCAAUGAGUGAAUGCUUGUGUAAAGUGUGACUGAUUCAACAGAAGAGAUUCAGAAGCUCACUGCAGAUCCAUAGCAUGUUAGUAGUCCAAGGGCAUUCCUUCCUGCAGGUAAAGCACAUUUGCAUCUAUUUGUCUGUGGUUCUGAGACCUCUGUUGUAAGGUCUUUUCUUUUUCUAUCAGCUAUACAAAUUGAAAUCAAAACAAUGAGUCAUUUUAAAUGGGUAUUUCUAUCACUUGGUGCUCAGCCCUCCCUGUGUGGUAUGUGAGAAUCGCUUACAUGUCUGUUAAGGUGAGAAUUAGAUACACGGGCCUUUGGGCCACACUGUAAUCAAAAUGUGGCACUGUUCUUGCACAGAGCAUAAUGUCCUGGCCCAGCUGAAGGUGUUAGUGUGAAACAAUUCCUUUACACCUCAGGAAAUGGCAUUUUUGAGGGAUCCACUUCACUCCACUCUCUCAUUCCCUGCUUCCUCAUGUUGUAUGAUACAGUGUGAUCAGGUUUAGAAUAUUAUUUUGUAAAGACUAUGAAAUGAAAUCUUCAAGAUAUUGUUCAGAAUUAUAAUAUUAAAUUAUCAUGCUUUCUGGCAUUUGCAAGUAAAUUGUCCCUCUAGUGAGCUUGAUUGUUCCUAACAUACUGUUAUACUUAACAGUUUUUUAAAUGAAAGUUAAAAUCACAUUUUUUCUAGAAUAAAUUGCAUGUAUGAUUUUUCUGUUUUCACUGCAGAGGUUUAGUUUAUUUGUACCUUAGGUAGCCUCAUGUG